AAAUGAAGCAGAUGAACCUCGUCACUGGAAAACAACGCCUAGUGAAAAGGGCUCCUUUCUCCAUCAGCGCCUUCAGUUCUUCUAGAGCUCUCCUCAAACAAUUUGAAUAUUCCUACAAUCACACACAUGAUGAAGAAAAAUAUCAAUUUAUGCCAGACUCCUUUGUUAGCAAGACUGACUGAAAUUCAAAAAUGGAAGAGCAUGACUCUGAAGAGGUUGCUGGAAGCAAGCUAAGUAUCACCAGAAGCAAGCAUUUAAAUAAAUUAUGGUUCUGUCUCUGUUUUGGGUCCAGAAUCCUAGGGAACUGCCCACUUUGCUCCUACACCAAUGCAGAGCCCCACUGGGCAGUCCCUAGGUGACAUGUCAAACCCAUAGUGACUAAAGGAGGCCUAAGGAAGAUGCCCCACAGUGGAAACACUUCAGCUUCCCACUCCCUGUGCCUGGGCUACACAUUAUUUUUUGCUCCCCUGUCCAUGCACAGAUGAUGGAAUUGUGUGUGUGUAGCAGAGGAGGCAUUCGUUUGUUGCAUGUUAGCUGAGUGUCUGCCAUGUGCUGGGAUUCCUGACCCUGGGAAUGAGGAGAUUGCAUACAUUUUGAUAAAGAUCAUAGUAAGACUUGAUUAAAUUACCAAAACAACAUAGGGGCAAAAAUGUGUGCUUUGUGUUGCCAUUUGUGUUGAGCAAAACUUGGCUUUCUAAACCUAAGGGAGCUCUAAAGGACAUCUGGGUGUAGAGAUGGCUGUGAGAAGGAGUGAAGAGUCAGAGCUGACCAGAACCCUGACUGCAGCAGGAGGAAAGGUGCCCACUCGGUACUUGCUGGUGCAGUGCAGACCUUCCUGAGUGGUUUCCAGCACCCACGUAGGCAGCUCACAAUUGACUGCGACUCCAGCUCCAGGGCAUUGGAUGCCCUCUUCUCCUUCUGCAGCCACCUGCACAUAUGUAGCACACUUGCACACAGAUGCAUACCCAUACAAAUAAAAAUCUUUUAAGAAUUAUACAUUAUAUUGGUUUUUUGAGCUAAGGAUAGGUUUUAAGGUUGUUAAUUUCCAAGGAAGGUUAUUGUGCCUGUUUUAGUGUUUUGCUGUUUAUGUUCUGUGUCUUGAUUUGCUACCAAAUGUGACUGCACCGAGCAAGUCAGGGUGCAAUGUCUACGAAAACAAGGCAGAGAAGAGGGCUGAGUUAGGUCAUAGAAGACAGAGGGUGGGGAUCACUAAGCCAUCUUGGAAAACAGCAGUGACUGGUAGAGUUUGCAGUUUCAUUCAGUGCAAAUAUCAAUAGAUGCUUUGGGUUUAAAAAAAAAUCAGCCUACUUUUUCUUAGAAAUUCCUUUCUUUGACUAAAAUUUUCUUCACAUUUCAUAGAAAUUGCAACAAAAGAAAUUGAAUUAGUGAGUGGUUUCUGAAGUGUUGAAGCUAUGUAGAUUUGUAUAGUCCUAUCAAAGUUUAUAAUUCAGCAUUUAAAAGUUAGGAAAGUAGACUUUCAGUAAAUAUUUCUAAGUGAAGCCAAAGGUUAAACUUUAUUGUGUUUGUUGUAAGUACUUUGCAAACAGAAAACUCAGCUAUGGAGAAAAGGCUAAACCACUGACACUAAUUAUAAUCUGCUUCUGAUACUCUGCUCUGUCUUUUGCUGUUUGAAGUUACAUCUGUGAAAAUGAGGCCAUCCCCAUGCCAACACACUGGGAGAACGUGAAUACGGAAGUUCCCUACCAGCUGGUCUCCCUGCAGAACCAAACACAUGAAUAUAACGAAGUUGCCAGUCUCUUUGGUAAAACAAUGGAUCGGAACCGAAUUAAAAGGAUUCAAAGGAUUCAAAACUUAGACUUAUGGGAGUUCUUUUGCAGGAAGAAGGCUCAGCUUAAGAAGAAGAGAGGUGUCCCCCAGAUCAAUGAGCAAAUGCUGUUCCAUGGCACCAGCAGCGAGUUUGUGGAAGCAAUUUGCAUUCACAACUUUGACUGGAGAAUCAAUGGUGUACACGGUGCUGUCUUUGGAAAAGGAACCUAUUUUGCUAGAGAUGCUGCAUACUCCAGUCGUUUCUGCAAAGAUGACAUCAAGCAUGGUAACACAUUCCAGAUUCACGGGGUCAGCGUGCAGCAGCGACAUCUGUUCAGAACCUAUAAAUCCAUGUUUCUUGCUCGAGUACUAAUUGGGGAUUACAUAAACGGAGACUCCAAAUACAUGCGACCUCCUUCCAAAGACGGGAGCUACGUGAAUCUGUAUGACAGCUGUGUGGAUGACACUUGGAACCCAAAGAUCUUUGUGGUGUUUGAUGCCAACCAGAUCUACCCCGAGUACUUGAUAGACUUUCACUGACCCCGCUUUCCUGGCACUGGUCAAAGCUUUGCUCUCUCGUUGCAGGCGGAUUUGGCCCCCUGUCUUCUAGCCGCUAAAUAUAAAUAUUGGAUACUUGUGAAACAGAUGCAGGAAAGAAUGCGGCUCCAUAUAUAAAGAAGUUCCAGCUGUCAGGUUGGUUAUAUGUCACUCUGCUUCUGUCAGUUACAGUUUUGUUAAAGACCAAUACCGUUGCCAUUUUAACAUACAGCAAUGAGAGAUGCCACUUAAAAAUCAAAUGGGUUGAGUCUCAUUACCGAAGCCAGGUGGUCUUUAAAGUUGACAUGUUUGUGAUCGGGUCAGAUGAUUAUAGUUUGUGUUCCCCAUUUGGAGAACUGGCCCUUGAGUUUUGACAUUAUUGUCUGUCAAAUGAGCAUGUCCCUUUGUUGGUCUUCUGAAGGGGGGAGGCAUUUAAAACCCUGAAGCAGCCCCUAGUGCUCCAAGAAGAAAGAAACAAAGACACUGUCUGCCAUGCCGGCAGACGAGCUAGCAGAAGAGAGACCAAGACAGAGCCUGCUUCCCACUGCUGUAGGAAGGCGGGCUGCAGUUCAUACCAUUCUCACCUACCUCCCACAGGUGAGCUGACCACGGCUGCCAGUGGUCACUAGCUCACAGUUCAGCCCCCAUUGCUCUGUGGUCCCUGCUCCCAAAAUGUUUAUCUUCUCUUCAUUUUCCAGGCCCUGCAGUGAUCAUUCCUAAGACGCUUUAUCUGUGUCUGUCCAUGCCCCCCCCCAAACACACACCUAUAGCUGUUCCGUGGUAACCCUAAAAUUCACAUGUCUUAGCAGUUGGGUAUCUCUGUUUUGAAUGCUUAUGGAGAGCAUGGGAUGCUGGAAAGAAGUCUGGUCUCUUUAGAGUAGUGACUGACAGUUUCCAACACCUGAGCAGCCGUCCCACUUAGAGUUGUGCUCAUGGCUCUGUGUGCCUCUCUGCUUUCCUGCUUUGCUGUCCUGAAGAUGAAGUGGACAGCACCAGCUUCCUGCUCACUGGUCUUCUAGCAGAGGUAAGACAACACCCAGGCGUGGUGCUGUCUAGGUGUUUAACUAUUAGACAAGGAGCUACCUGUCUGAUUAUCUUCCCAUUGCUUUUCCCAUGGUUCCCCAUGGGAAAGAUCACUCCCCAAGCCGUUCACCCAGAACCUUUUCCUAACUCUUACCACUGCGCUUUGUCUGCUAUUCCAUCCAGCUUUGGCUGAGAGAACGAGAGCACAAUUUAGCGUCCAGAGCCCAUGCCCAUAUUCUUCUCCUCUACCAUUUGAGUUGGGAAGCACCUAGAAAGAAUGAAUACAUGUAUAGCAUAUGAUUGGGGAUGGCGAUUCAGCUUGGUCUAUCGCCAGAUUUUCCUUAUAACGCUGAAUAUGUGUAACAGUACAGUGGGUACAUAAAUAGCACACAGGAAACUGUAUGCACAGUCCUUUGGGAACUCUCUGGCAGUAAUGACUUCCUGGCUCCAAUGUGUAGGUCCACUAUUGGCUUAAGGAAGGACAGAAAGGACGCAUUUUAAAGCCAUCAGUGGUCACUGCAGCAGUGCCUGCGGGCGAAUUAGCUAUACCAUCUACCUGCUCACCAGAACCGUUGUUAGAGGCAUUCGGCAUGCAGGAUCCAACAAUCUCUGCUAGCUAAGUUCAUGCGAAGUAUUGGAGCCCCUCUUCUUUCUAGGCAGUCUCCCCCGUUGUCCAUGCACACAUCUCUCAAUACUUGAAUGACUGUUGUAGUUGGGGUUGUUUCCUUUUAGACUUGUGUAUCCGUGUCAAGGUGACUGAGAAAACAGGCAGUCUGUACCAUCGGUCUCCUUCGUUGGUUUGCAUGAGGAAGGCAGGAUAUGUCCCAGGGUGGCCAUCAGGCAGCACUGCAUUGCUGCUGGACUGCCAGCCCCUUUUACAGGAAAGAUGUGAUUUUGAUACAUGUUUUAAUAUAAUAACAUAGAAUUCACUCAUGUUAAACUUUUACUUGUUUUGUCUGAUAAAUGUAUAGUAGAGCAUUGUUUCCUCUGCUCAUUGAGUCCAAUGGGAGAGGAGAGUAAGGGAAGCCAAUUACAUAGAGAUGAGCUGUGUUACAAAGGUGGCUGAAUAAAUCCCAUUGAGUGCAAACUUGUCUUUUCCCUGUGUGGAGUCUAGAUUUGGGGUAAAAGAAUUGUGUUUAUGGAAAACAUUUUCCUAAAUCUUUUAUCUUCCACCAGGAACAGUUGAGAUUAGUGGAUCAUUUUAUUUCUAGACUGGUGGUGGGGGCAGUGACAAUGGAGAAUUCUGGUAUUUAAUGUCUCGAGUGUAUUGUUUCCACAAUUGUUGAUUAAAGUUUUCUGUAUCUGGA